AGGACUUUAGCCACUAGGCUACCGUGCCGGGCUACUCUAUUUAACAUGCAGUACUGAUGAAGGUACUUCCUUCCCUGUUGCAAGCCUUCAUAACUGACUUUUCUCUGCUUUCAGGUUGUCUGAAUAGAAUGAAAGAUAAGGAAGCUUCCCCUGAGCAAGUGCAGAAUUGCAAAGUCCACUUGUCCGAGACACCCUUGAUGUAUGGAGAGUCUGAGAAGGAUGGCCCAGUCACCUCAGACCCUACCCAGCCCCAGGCCACCCCUGUAGGUGGGAAGCUACAUGGGAGCACUGAGCUUGGAGCAGCCUUCCCACUCAGUACUGAUCCUGUGCAGCAGCAGGUAGCCCCCACUGCACAGAGCCCUUUCAAGUGCAGUGAGUGUGGGAAGGUCUUUCAGAAAACCUUUGCUCUCCUCAAGCACCUCAUAAGUCACUCUGGAGGAAGAGCCUUCAGAAGCCCAACAGCUAGACGUGUCAUUAAAAAAAAAAAAAAAUCAACUCCUAUUAAUCACAGAAAAAUUCAAAUAGGAGAAAGAGCCCAUAUGUGUAAUGAGUGUGGGAGAGCCUUCAGUUCCCCAUCUAAACUAAGGAAGCGUCAGAAGGUUCACACAGGCAUAAAACCUUUCAAAUGUAGUGAAUGUGAGAAAACCUUCAAACGCAAAGAUGUGCUUAUUCUGCACCGGAGGAUCCAUACUGGAGAAAGGCCUUAUGAGUGCUGCAAAUGUGGGAAGGCCUUCAGUGUUCUGUCCACCCUCAUCCGGCACCGGAAAGUUCACGUUGAAGAAAGGCCCUAUGAGUGCAGGGAAUGUGGGAAGUUUUUUAAAUACAAUAACAGCUACAUGCUCCACCAGAGGGUCCACACUGGAGAAAGUCCAUUUGAGUGCAAGCAAUGUGGAAAAAGCUGUGUGACCCACUCCGGCUUGUAUCAGCACUGGAAGUUGCACGCUGGGGAGUGGCCCUACAAGUGCAACCUAUGUGGAAAAACCUUCACUACUCGGUGCUACUGCAGUCACCAUCAGCGGUUUCACAUUGAAGAGAAGUGCUACCAAUGUGCAGAAUGUGGGAAAGCUUUCAAACGUAGCUCUACCCUCCUUCAGCACAAGAAGGCCCACUCUGGAGAAAGGCUGGAGGAGAGCCUGUGGCUGACCUUUGCUGACACAAAGGGGCUCCUUUUGGAAAGGCAGUUGAGAGUAGUCUGUGAGUGCCAUCUUAAAGAAAGAAAAGCUGAAGCUCAUACCAUAUUCUACAGGCCUGCCAAGGAUAUGGAAACUUCUAGGGAGUUAUUUUACACUCUCUGGCCUGCCCAUGGUUCUGUCACUUUCAGUUUCUGUUUAAGACAUCCCACUACCAUACCUGGCAGUGACCAUGAUAUAUUCAGGGGUGGUAGAAUUCAUGCUCCCUUCUUCUAAAUAGGAGAAAAUUGUGACUUAAUGGAGCCUGUAGUGGACCUCAUUUCCUCCCUGCUACUGGUCUAGGUGGGGACAUGACUCAGCUCUGGCUUAAGAGGAGCUUAGCUGGUGUUUGGUCAGGGAUGAGUGGGAGACUUACUUGUAGGGAAGCUUUUCCUGUUCAUGGAUACCAUCAGUACUACCUGUGAUAGUUGUC